CGACGUGUUGCAUUUUCCAAAGAAUUUUCGACCUAGGCCGUUGCCUGAAAAUGAAGACAGAGCCUCAGCCAUCUGCUUCUGCGCCGAGCACAGACCUCAAGCGACCAAACACGGACGCGCCCACGGAGGCAGAGCCCGCACAGAAGAAGCUGAAGCGGGAGACGGAGCGGCAAGAGAGCCCGGACGAUGCCGGUACAUGUGAGCCUGUCGCGGAGGGUUCUGCGGCAGAUACGCCCAAGCAAGGCGGAGAGAAGAAGGGCAGGCAGGAGCAGUCGCGUCGGGCAGCGCACAGGGCAUGGGAGAAGGAGAAGAAACAGGGGAUCCGACGAGGAGGAACGCGUACGGAAAGUUCAGAGGCCAGGGGUAACGACAACGAACCCAAGGAGCCCAGGCUGCCCAAGCGGCAGACCGCGCUGCUCAUUGGGUUCUGCGGGUCUGGGUAUAAUGGUAUGCAACUACAGCGUAAUCAUGAAAAUAUUAAGACGAUUGAGGGCACGCUGUUCGAUGCGCUCGUCAGAGUCGGUGCGGUGUCGAAGGACAAUGCGGAUAAUCCCGCAAAGGUCAACUUCAACCGCGCAGCGCGAACAGAUGCAGGCGUGCACGCUGCUGGAAAUCUGGUGUCCAUGAAGAUGAUCACAUCCAUCCCAGGAGUGGACAAUUUGAUUGCACGUAUAAAUGAGGAGUUGCCUCAGGAGAUUCGUCUUUGGGAUACCGUACGUGUGCAAAACGCUUUCAACGCGAGAACAACGUGCAACGCACGAAAGUAUACCUAUUUCUUCCCCUCAUAUCUCCUCAUACCCCCAAAACCCGGCAGCGGCCUCCACAAGACCGUGUUCGAACAAAACAGCGCUUCUUCUCCCUUGCUCGACUUUUGGCAAGGCGUACCGGCCGAGUCGAGCCCGAAUGAUGACCUCGCGCGGAAGCGAACCUGGCGCGCGCCGAAGGAAGUGGUGGAGAUGCUGCGUGAGACGGCCAAGAAGUUCGAGGGCUCGCACAAGUUCCACAACUUCACAGUCGGACAAGAGUACAAGGACCCCACCUCGCAGCGGAUCAUGAAGAAGAUCGAGGUUGCAGACCCAGUUGUGUACGGAGAUACCGAGUGGAUAAGUGUGCUUCUGCACGGGCAGAGCUUCAUGCUUCACCAACGUAAAAUGAUCAGUUUGCUUGUCCUGGCCUGCCGAACAGGGACGCCGCCUACUGUUGUCGAGGAGCUGUACGGUCCCCGGUCUGCGUUUAUUCCUAAGAUGCCUGCGCUUGGCCUCUUGCUAGAGUAUCCUAUAUUCGACAGCUAUAACAAAAAGAUCGAAGGCACGAACGCCAGCUUAAAACUUGAUGACCCAGAGUAUCGCCUGCCGAUCGAUUUCGAGAUACACAGAGAGAAGAUAGAAAAAUUCAAGCAAGGCUUCAUCUAUUCCAGGAUGCACAGCAUCGAGAGCCAGAGUGGCCUCUUUGACGCGUGGAUCCGGUCUCUGGACAAGUAUCAAGGAAACGACUUGCUCUACCUGACUUCAAAAGGCGUCCUUCCUGAUUCGGCCGUCAUCAAAAGGGGCGAGCGCAGGUCGGAUCCGUUCCGCGAAAAGAAGCGAUUCGACGCAACGGUCUUUCCUGAGGGCCGAGUUUCCAAGAUCGAGAUUGAAGAAGCAGAGGAAGCGGACGAGGACGAGGAAGAAGAGGUGCUGCCGGCUAACAAGAAGGAACGUGAGGAGUUGGAGGGGUAAAGAUCACAAGCAACAUUGUCGUUGUAGAUCGUAUAUAACGGUACCUACACCAUUGUAGAGCCGUUCAGCCUAGUUCUCGAGCUCAGCCCGCGGCCUCCAUGUCUGGCAGACUCUUGAGACCAUAAGCUGCGCACGUACACACGGACAAGCUAUGACUGGAAACGCCUCAUGGUCUGGAUUUCGUCCAGAAGAGCUUGGAGUCUGUCGUCGUCAAUCUUGACCAGGCUGAGAAUCUUGCAUUCAAUGAU